GAUGUUGAAAGGUGGACAGGAAAUUAUGGACCCUUGGUAAUGAAGAAACUAACUUCAAACAUAGGUGAAAGUAUGGUAUGGAAGGUUGAUUUCAAUGGAGAUGACGGUUAUGAAAUUAAGAAAGGAAGACAACAAUUCAAAGUGAAACUUGCAGGUAGAAGCUGCUCAUGCAACUCAUGGGAUCUUUCUGGUAUACCAUGUCCACAUGCAAUUUGUGCAAUCUUUGAUACUGGAAGGGACCCAGAAGAAUACAUUGAUUCCUGCUAUUCAAAAGAGAGUUACCUAAGGACAUAUGCGCAUACACUUCAGCCGAUGAAUGGAGAGUUAUUCUGGCCAAAGACACAAUCUGAGGAGAUACUUGCUCCAAUACCAAAAAAGAUGGCAGGUAGACCAAAAAGAAAAAGAAAUCGUGAGGCCAAUGAAGUCCCAACUCGUCAGAAGCCAUCCACUACUACUACUACCAUGGGCAGUGUCAAGACAAGGGUAUCGAAAAGGGGAAAACAGAUGCAUUGUUCUCUUUGUAAGAACCCGGGCCAUUAUAAAAGAACAUGCCCUAAUAGGAGUGGCCAACAAGAUGUUGAACCAAUGGACUGACAAGC